GUGGUACCAGUUGUGGAUAUCACGGCGAAGGAUGCCCUCGAUUGGGUUAGGGCUAAUGAGGGGUCUAUAGUCACAUCAGAGGCUCUGUCUGAAGUCGUGGAUGGCUACAUGCCCUCUCUACCAGCGGCUGGGCACCGGUCUCUGGCAGCUAGCCUCACGUGCUGUACUACGGCUG